AUGGCGUACUUGAUGAAGUUGCCCACCUCCUCGGGCGUGGCGGGGGAGGUGACGACGGCCAGGGGAGAGAGGAUGGAGGAUGCCCAGGCCGGGAUGUCCCGCGCCUUGCCCAGGGAAUACCGCUCCUGCAUCUCCCUGGACAUGGUGGUGGCAUGGAGGGAGGAGAGUUGCGUUCCAGUACUCGGAGGCAAGUAUGACUGGAGUGUCCUGGGUGCUCCACCAGCUGCACCCACCUGA